AUGGUUCUGGCAUACGGUGGCUUUGUCCGCCAUCUCCUUGCGAUAUGCCUCACUCUACCAUUCCUGCUCCUUUCCAGCGCAGCCUACGAAUCUCUCUCAGAUGACACCCUAAGAGCCCUUCCACGACCUAAUAACGACUUUGACAUUCACAAUGGAGCACUCCUAGCACCAAUCCUACAGACUCGCAUCCCUGGGACCCCCGGUUCCACCGCUGUACUCAACCACUUUGCGGAUUUCUUCCGCACCACCCUGCCAGACUGGAAGAUCGAGUUCCAAAACUCGUCGUCGAAGACGCCCCUCUCGCACAGCAAGGAAGUCCCCUUCGUCAACUUCAUCGCGUCGCGCGAUCCGCCCCGGGCGGCGGUAGGGGAUGUGGGAAGACUUACGCUCGUCGCGCACUACGACAGCAAGUAUGAGCCCAAGGGAUUUAUCGGGGCGAUUGACAGUGCGGCGCCGUGCGCGAUGAUGAUGCACACGGUGCGUAGCAUCGACGCCGCGCUAACAAAGAAAUGGGCGGCGAUGGAGGCACAUGGCCACACCGAUGCGACGGUCGAAGAACAGAAGGGCAUGCAGAUCAUCUUCCUCGACGGCGAGGAGGCGUUUCUCGAGUGGACGAAUACCGAUUCUCUCUACGGCGCGCGCUCUCUCGCAGAGCACUGGGACGAGCAAGUCCACCCGGCCAUGUCCAUUUACAAGACGCCACUGUCGUCGAUAUCGCUGUUUGUGCUUCUGGACCUGCUGGGUAGCAAGGAUCCCUCCAUUCAGUCGUAUUUUGCAACCACGCACUGGGCCUACCAGAAACUGGCGGCGCUGGAGAAGCGAUUGCGAGACCUGAAACAGUUCAAAUCCUCUUCUGGCGGCAGUUCUGGCGCGUCGUGGUUCGUUGAUCACGCGAAGAACGAACAUCAGCUGAAUGUUUAUUCGGGCAUUCAGGAUGAUCAUCUGCCGUUCCUCGCGCGGGGCGUGGAGGUCCUACAUAUUAUUGACUACAGCCCUACCAGAAGAACGGGGUUUCCCGCCGUUUGGCACACGAUUGAUGAUGACGGUGAGCAUCUAGAUCUGGAGACGGUGGAAGACUGGAGCAUGCUCUUUACUGCAUUUGCCGCCGAGUGGAUGGAGCUGGAGGGCUUCCUGCCGACCGGCGCUGAGGCGCAGCCCAAGGACAAGCGAUCCCACCCGUGGAUUAAUUAUUCAGAGAAGAAAACUGAGUUGUAA